AAAGUGCGCAGAUUUUUAGAGGAAGAACGUAUACCGUCAUCCUCACAGCGUUUAUGGUCAAGUGGCAACUAAUACCGCAUUUUUUUGGAGUUUAAAAAAUUGAGGUUACUUUGUGAAGAAAGAAUUUCUUCUAUUUCGGAAGCCACGUGUUCGGCCGUUAUCAUUUUAUAUGAUUUUUUACUGUUAGUGCAAGAAUUUUGCAAAAAGUAAGGAAAAAAAAGGAUUUUACAAUUGUUAUUUUACGUGAUUUUUAAUUUGUUCUUCUUUUAAACUUGUUAUUAUCAGUAUUUAUAUGUUAAUUGAAUAUGUAACGCAGUAUGUCUUGUGACCAUUAGAAGGAAUCCCGCGGAAAAAAGAAAUGAGAUUUCUUUGUGUCGGCAAAAGGAAAUGCUGAGAGAUCAUGAUGGAAUUUGUCGAAGGUUGGCUUCUCGGGCAUACCCUGGGGGAAGGUGCCUAUGGAGAAGUAAAACUUGUUAUAAAUAAAGUAACCAGAGAAGCUGUUGCUAUGAAAAUGGUAGAUUUAUCAAAACAUCCAGACGCACGACAAACAGUCAAAAAGGAAUCAACAAUUCAUAGAAUGUUAUCGAACCCGAAUAUAAUUCAAUAUUUUGGGCAACGUAGCGAAAAAAAUAUGGAAUACAUAUUUUUGGAAUAUGCUUCAGGAGGCGAACUAUUUGACAAAAUAGAACCGGACGUUGGUAUGCCAAUAUGGGAGGCACAAAAAUAUUUUACACAACUAAUUUCUGCUGUUGAAUAUCUUCAUAGUCGUGGUGUUGCCCAUAGAGACUUAAAACCAGAAAAUUUACUUUUAGACGAUAAAGACAAUCUGAAAAUAACUGAUUUUGGAUUGGCGACAAUUUAUCGUUUACAUGGACGAGAACGUAAUUUGGAUACGAGAUGUGGAACAUUGCCUUAUGUAGCUCCAGAAGUUUUAGAAAGACAAUACAAAGCAGAACCUGCCGACAUUUGGUCCUGUGGAAUUAUUCUCGUUGCUCUGCUGGCCGGAGAACUGCCUUGGGAUCAGGCCUCGGCAGAGUGUCCAGAAUAUGAAGCUUGGAAAAAUGGAAAAUAUAUGACGAUGACACCGUGGAAAAAAAUCGACAACUUGUCACUUUCGUUUACUCGAAAAAUUCUCGUUCACGAACCCAUGAAUAGGUUCAAAAUAAGUGAUAUUAAAAAACAUUCUUGGAAUGAAAAGAAAUUUAAACAAGACGGGAAUCACGUGGAUCGUGACGUCGUUGAUGGAUACAGAUCUAAACGACUUCUUAUUGAAGAAGAGGAUAGCUUGACAAAAAUAUGUUAUUCACAACCAGAAUUAAUAGAGAAUAAUAUAAUUACAAAUACAUUUACAUCAAAGGAAUGUCCUAAUUUCUCCUUCUCACAACCAGCUCACAUGGAAGAUCUUUUGCUUUCCACUCAAUUGCCCACCACACAGCCAAACACACAAACUAGUCAGAAUUCCUUCCAGAAACUGGUUCGUAGAAUGACAAGAUUCUUUGUUAAAACGGGAUGUGAUUUGACUGUACAAAAACUAAUGAAUAGCUUAAUGAAGGAUAAUUAUAAUCAUCGCAUGAAUGGUGGAAUAGUUACCAUUUCGACUGUUGAUAGGCGAAAAAUGCCUUUAGUAUUCAAAGCGAGUAUUCAUGACAUGGACGGAAGAAUCUUAGUCGACUUCCGUUUAUCAAAAGGCUGUGGUCUUGAAUUUAAGAAAAGGUUCUUAAAAAUCAAAGCUGAUCUUAAAGAUAUUAUUACGAGAGGGCCAGUUCCACUAAAUGAUAUUGCUCUCAGCUCAUAAACUUAUUUGUUAAUUAUAUGAAAAUUUCCCCACGUGUUCGAUGUCCGAUCUUUUGAAUUUUAUUAAAGUGAUUUUUUUUUAAAUAAUUUAUUUUCCAGAAAUGUAGGUAUUGUUGUUUCAUUUCAUCGUACAUCAAAUAAACAAGUAUUUUAUAACAUACAAGAA